CAGCAGGAAUGUCUGGAGCAUACUGGCAGACCUGGAUAUGGAUGACAGCUCUGGGGGUGCUGUGCCCAGCCUGGGCUCAAGAUGAUGUCCCUCCAUACUUCAAGACCGAGCCGGUACGAAGUCAAGUCCACCUGGAGGGGAAUCGCCUUGUGCUUACCUGCAUGGCGGAGGGGAGCUGGCCUCUCGAAUUUAAGUGGCUUCAUGACCACAAAGAGCUCACCAAAUUUUCACUGGAAUACAGAUACAUGAUCACCUCGCUGGACAGGACGCACGCUGGGCAUUACCGCUGCAUUGUCAGGAAUCGGAUGGGGGCGUUACUGCAGAGACAGACCGAGGUCCAGGUGGCCUACAUGGGGAACUUUGAAGACGGGGACACCUCCUUGGCCGUAUCUCAUGGUGAUGCAGCUAUGAUCACUGCCCCGAGCAUCGCCAGUUUUCCCCAGCCGCAAGUGACGUGGUUCAGAGACGGAAGAAAGAUCCCUCCAAGCAAUCGCAUUGCUAUCACCAAAGACAACACGCUGGUGAUCCUGUCCAGUGUAGCCCCCGAUACUGGACGAUACUAUGUGCAGGCCGUCAAUGACAAGAAUGGCGACAACAAGACCAGUCAACCAAUCACGUUGACGGUGGAAAAUGUUGGCGGGCCUGCGGACCCCAUUGCUCCUACUAUUGUCAUCCCACCUCAGAACACCAGCGUUGUGACUGGCACCUCCGAAGUCACUAUGGAGUGUGUAGCCAAUGCCAGGCCUCUUAUCAAGUUGAACAUUGCAUGGAAGAAGGACGGGGUGCCCAUCUCCAUUGGAGUGAGCGAGUUUGGCCGUCGCCUGACUAUCUUGAACCCAUCACUGAGUGAUGCUGGUUAUUACUCUUGUGAAGCCACCUUACGUAGCAGCAGCGUCCCGGCCGUCACUGCUGGGGCGUACCUAACUGUACUAGAACCCCCUCAGUUUGUAAAGGAGCCAGAGAGACACAUCACAGCCGAGAUGGAAAAGGUGAUUGACAUCCCGUGCCAGGCUAAAGGAGUCCCCCAGCCAUCUAUUUCCUGGUACAAGGAUGCUGCUCUGAUUGACGGAAGGAGGGACACCAGGUUUCGUAUCGUAAGCGCGGGAAGCUUACGAAUCAGCGGGCUGAUGCCUGAGGACACAGGAAUGUUUCAGUGCUUUGCCCGAAACAGCGCGGGGGAAGUACAGACCUCUACUUACCUGGCUGUAACUAGUAUCGCUCCCAACAUCACAAAGGGUCCCCUGGACAGUACGGUGAUAGAUGGCACCGCCCUGGUACUGCCGUGUGAGACCUCUGGAGCUCCCCGGCCUGCGAUUACAUGGCAGAAAGGUGAUAAGAUCUUGGCCAGCGGGUCGGUACAGCUGCCACGCUUCACCCUUCUGGAAUCUGGAAGUCUGCUCAUUAGCCCUGCACACAUAUCAGACAUGGGCACAUACACCUGCACAGCUACCAAUUCCCGCGGCGCUGAUGAGGCCUCCGCCGACGUUAUUGUCUGGGCUCGAACCCGUAUCACCAAUCCCCCGACAGACCAGAAUGUUAUCAAGGGGACAAAAGCGUCAAUGGCGUGUGGCGUAUCUCAUGACCCAAGCGUUACCAUCAGGUAUGUGUGGGAAAAGGACGGCGUUCCUCUGAGUGUAGAUAACUUGCCUAGACUCCAGAUGGACAAGAAUGGCACUUUGCACCUCUCCCAAACAUGGUCAGGAGAUAUUGGAACGUACACCUGCCGUGUCCUGUCCAUAGGAGGAAACGAUUCCAGGAGUGCUCACCUAAGAGUAAGACAACUUCCUCACGCUCCUGAGAACCCAGUGGCAAUGCUAAGCAGCGCUGAGCCACGAUCCAUUAAUCUAACAUGGGCCAGACCCUUUGAUGGUAACAGUCCACUGAUCCGCUACAUUGUGGAGGUCUCUGAAAACAGUGUCCCAUGGUCCAUCCUAUUUGCUAACUUGGAUCCUGACUACACCUCCCUCGUUGUGAGGAACCUCAUCCCAGCUCGCUUCUACCAAUUCCGUCUUUGUGCGGUGAAUGACGUUGGCAAAGGGCAAUUUAGCAAAGAGACACAACGCGUGACACUUCCUGAAGAGCCUCCCAGUGCACCUCCUCAGCAUGUCCUAGCUACUGGGCGCACCAACCAGUCCAUCUUGAUCCAGUGGCAGUCACCUCCAGAGAAUCACCAAAAUGGUGUCUUAAAGGGCUAUGUUAUCAGAUACUGUCUCUCCGGCUUGCCUGUAGACUACCAGUAUAGAAACCUCUCCAACCCAGACACCAUCAGCUUGCUCCUGGAGGACCUCAUUAUCUGGACCAAUUAUGAGAUUGAGGUUGCUGCAUUCAAUAGCGCUGGACUGGGAGUGUUCAGUCCUAAAGUGACCGAGUGGACUCUGCAGGGAGUACCAACUGUGGCCCCAGGAAACGUAAAGGCAGAAGCUGUUAAUUCCACCGCAAUCCGCUUUACCUGGAGCCCACCAAGUCCGCAGUUUGUCAAUGGGAUCAACCAGGGGUACAAGCUAAUGUCCUGGGACCCAGCUAAGGAAGAUGAUAUAACUGUGGUCACAGUCAGACCCAACUUCCAGGACAGCACUCACGUAGGCUUCAUCACUGGUUUACAGAAGUAUCACAGCUACGUGACUUCCAUCCUAUGCUUCACUACACCAGGAGAUGGGCCCCGCAGCCCCCCACAGCUAGUCUGGACACAAGAGGAUGUACCUGGACCUGUGGGCAGUCUCAGCUUUGAUGACAUCCUGGAUACAUCCUUAAGAGUGACCUGGCAAGAGCCUUCAGAGAAGAAUGGGAUCCUCACUGGGUACAAGAUCUCCUUGGAAGAGUUUAACCAAACCAACACUAGAGUAACGCACUACCUCCCCAACGUCACCUUGGAGUAUCGGGUCACCGGUUUGACUGCACUCACAACCUAUACCAUCCAGGUGGCCGGCAUGACAUCCAAAGGUCAGGGAGCAGUGGUCUCCUCCACCAUCUCCUCCGGUGUGCCACCAGAACUGCCUGGAGCACCAACCAAUAUCGCCAUCACUCACAUCGGUCCUCGCUCUGUUACUCUUCAGUUCCGACCAGGAUAUGAUGGGAAAACUUCCAUUUCCAGGUGGCAGGUGGAAGCCCAGGUUGGAACACAAGGAGAAUCUGAAGAAUGGGUUCUCAUACAUCAGCUGGCGAAUGAGCCCAAUGCCCGCGCUCUGGUGGUGCCUAAGUUGACUCCUUUCACCUUUUACAGUUUCCGCAUGCGCCAGGUGAACAUUGUUGGUACCAGUCCACCCAGUCUAGCCUCCAGAAGGAUACAGACGUUACAGGCCCCACCAGACAUGUUCCCAGCUAAUGUGACCCUACGUACAGCCAGUCAGACCAGCCUGUGGGUGCGCUGGGUGCCUUUACCAGAGACGGAGUACAACGGUAACCCAGAAUCUGUGGGGUACAGGAUCCGAUACGUGAGAUCUGAUGGAAAAGGGAAGUCCUCCACCCACAUCAUUCAUGACCGCAUCGAGAGGGAAUACACCAUUGAAGAUCUGGAAGAGUGGACAGAAUAUAAUGUCCAAAUUGUUGCUUUUAACGCCAUUGGUUCUGGGCCCUUGAGUCCUAUAGUGGCGGCGAGGACGCGAGAGUCAGUUCCAUCCUCUGGACCCAGCAAUGUCUCUGCUCUGGCCACAACCUCAAGCAGCAUCUUGGUUCGUUGGAGCGAAAUCCCCGAACCGGAUCGGAAUGGACUCAUCCUGGGUUACAAGAUUCUCUACAAGGAGAAAGAUUCAGACAAUCCUCCUCGUUUCUGGCUUGUGGAAGGCAAUUCCUCUCGAAGUGUUCAGCUUACCAAACUUGGGAAAUACGUUCUCUAUGAAAUCCAGGUCUUGGCUUUCACCAGAAUUGGAGAUGGAGUACCGAGCACACCGGCAAUUCUGGAGAGGACCUUGGAUGAUGUUCCAGGUCCGCCAGUGGGAAUACUGUUUCCUGAGGUGAGAACAACCUCCGUCCGCCUCAUUUGGCAGACCCCAGCUGCUCCCAACGGUAUCAUUUUAGCUUAUCAGAUCACUCACAGACUGAACACGACCAACGCAAACACUGCCACAGUGGAACUGCUGAAUCCGAGCGUGCGGCAGUACACAGCCACGGCACUUCGACCGGAGUCUGUUUACUUGUUUCGAAUCACAGCCCAGACCCGUAAGGGAUGGGGCGAGGCUGCCGAAGCUCUGGUGGUCACCACAGAAAAGAGAGAACGCCCUCAGCCCCCCAAAAAGCCCGUAGUUCGGCAGGAAGAUGUCAAGUCCAGAAGCGUGCUGCUUUCCUGGGAACCAGGAAGUGAUGGUCUUUCUCCCGUGCGCUACUACACCAUCCAGACCCGAGAGCUACCUAAAGGACGCUGGCUGGUGCACUCUUCCUCCUUCAGUCACAAUGCCACCUCCGCCAUUGUAGACCGAUUAAAACCAUUCACGUCAUACAAAUUCCGAGUCAAGGCAACAAAUGACAUUGGAGACAGUGAAUACAGUGCAGAAUCGGAGUCCCUAACGACACUUCAGGCGGCACCUGAUGAUGCUCCAUCAAUCCUGUCCGUCACCCCCCAGACAACUACCUCAGUAUUAAUUCACUGGCAGGUUCCAGCAGAAGAUAAAAUAAAUGGCAUCCUUCUGGGCUACCGAAUCCGAUACCGGGAACUGGUAUAUGAUGGAAUGAGGAGUUUUACGUUGCGAAACAUCAAUGACCCCAACGCCAAAUGGGCGGAGUUAACAUCUGCCUACAUGGUCCGGAACCUGAGUGAACCGUCUCUCACCCAGUACGAGUUAGACAAUCUGAACAAGCACAAGCGCUAUGAGAUCAGAGUGAGCAUGUACAACGCUGCAGGGGAAGGACCAGCCAGCGUCCCCCAAGAAGUAUUUGUCGGAGAGGCAGUGCCCACAGCUCCGCCUCAGAACGUGGCCAUACAAAGUGUCACCGCUGUGCAGCUCGACGUGACCUGGGAUCCUCCUCCGCUGGAUUCUCAAAAUGGCGAUAUCCAGGGAUACAAGAUUUAUUACUGGGAAGUCUCCCGAGUAAAUGAGACCGAGAAAGUGAGAACCCUGUUCCUGCCAGAGAGUGGGGUGAAGAUCAAAAACCUGACCGGCUAUACCACCUAUCUCAUCAGUGUGGCUGCCUUUAACACGGCCGGAGAUGGUCCCCGCAGUCAUCCUAUCCGUGGACAGACACAGCAAGCAGCACCCAGUGCCCCAGCGGUACUCAGAUUUAGUGAACUGACCACCACAUCUGUGAAUGUAUCAUGGGAUGCGCCCAUUUACCCCAAUGGGAUUCUGGAAGGCUACAGACUGGUAUAUGAGCCCUGCACACCUGUAGAUGGAAUCAGUAAGAUAGUAACAGUGGACGUAAAGGGGAACAGUCCCCUGUGGAUGAAGCUGAAGGACCUUGCUGAGGGUGUGACGUACCGCUUUCGGAUAUGGGCCAAAACGUUCACCUAUGGACCCGACAUUGAGGCCAAUGUGACGACGGGACCAGGGGAUGGGGCUCCAGGACCUCCGGGGGUUCCUACUAUCUCCAGAUACAGCUCACUAAUUGCUAUCCAGUGGUCAAGUGGGGAUCCAGGAAAAAGCCCUAUUACCAGAUAUGUCAUAGAGGCCCGGCCAUCAGAUGAAGGAUUAUGGGACAUACUCAUCAAGGACAUUCCCAAGGAAGCCACCUCCUACACCUUUAGCAUAGACAUCCUAAAGCAAGGAGUGAGCUACGACUUCCGCGUCAUUGCCGUCAAUGAUUACGGAUACGGGACCCCCAGCCCGCCCUCCACAUCUGUAUCAGCCACCAAAGCAAACCCUUUCUAUGAGGAAUGGUGGUUCCUGGUCGUCAUCGCCCUCAUCGGUCUCAUUUUCAUUCUCCUACUGGUCUUUGCUUUGAUCAUCCGAGGACAGAGCAAGAAGUAUGCCAAAAAAUCUGAUUCGGGCUGUAAUCCCAAGAACACAACCCUGGGCCAUGGAGAGAUGGUGAGUCUGGAUGAGAGCAGAUUCCCGGCACUAGAGCUGAACAAUCGGCGACUCUCGGUGAAGAAUUCAUUCUGCAGGAAGAACGGUAUUUAUACGAGGUCUCCUCCACGUCCCAGUCCUGGGAGCCUUCACUAUUCAGACGAGGACGUAGCCAAGUACAACGACUUGAUUCCUGCUGACAGCGGCAGCCUGACUGAGAAGCCCUCCGAGGUGUCAGACUCACAGGGGAGUGACAGCGAAUAUGAAGUGGACCAGACCCAGCCGAAAACCCAUUCCUUUGUCAACCAUUACAUCAGUGACCCCACUUACUACAACUCAUGGCGACGUCAGCAGAAAGGCAUCUCCAGGGUACAUGCCUACAAUUAUACAGACGAGCCGGAGGACUCUGAACACUGUAUGAUACCCAACAGCAACAGCAGUCAACAAGGCAGCCUGUAUAGGCCCAAAUCCAGCCGGACUCCAACCCCUCAGCAGCCUCCGACCCUUCCGACCCAGCAAAACCCCAUAUACCGGCCCCCCAGCAGCCUCGCCCCAUCAUCCCGCGCCCCAAUCGCUGGCUUUUCCUCCUUCGUUUGAUGACAAACCCUUGCAUCAUUUUACCAUGGUUUCUUUAACUUUGAAGAAGCAGAUAAAUCUAUAUUAUAUAUAAAAAGGUAUGUGUGUGUGUAUAUAUGCAUAUACAUAUAUAUAUGAAUAGGGAGGAGACUGUGUUGGAGACAAUCAGUUGCGAAUUGAGAUCUUCAUUUUGCUGCUUCGGUUAUGUAUAAUAUUCCAAAGGUUUUUGGGUGCAAAAAAAAAAAAAAAGAAAAAAAAAAAUCAAAAACGAUGGAUGCAGUGAACCAAGGAAACCUUCAUCCUCAUCGAGGACCAUGGGGCCUGUUGUCAUAAAAUAGCUGCUGUUGCUUUAGAGCACCUUCGUUUAUAGCUGGUGAUGAAGUGCGCUGUGCUCUCUGGACUGAAGAUGGCAUUUACAGCAGUUUGCCUGAGGACCAUACUCUCCCCCUCAACUUCAUACAGUUGGAUGGAGGACAAUAUGGAAGCUUACAAGUGCCAUGGGGACACUGGGUGUUGGUGUACAAUAUGCCAUUACUGGAGCCAAGGGUUUCAAAGAUGGCACCAGGGCUACAUCCAAAUUACAUAGAUUUCAAUUGUGGGGGGAAGGUGCCAACAGUAACACAUUUCUAAGCAACUUGUAGCUACCAGCCAGGGUACAACCCUUGGUAGGCAAGAGCCUUCAAAUACUGAAGGAGCAGGAAAUUACAUUAAAUGCAUCCUAUAUCAUAUUGACCUUGUAGUCCACAUGUAUCCAUGGUUCAGUCAUGUGUCCAUCGAUAUACUCCUGGCUGUACAGGAGUCCGAGUUUUCCAAGGGUUAAUGGUUAUUUGUACAGAUGCAUAUUUGCUACUAGACAAGGGUGUAGGUACAGUAGUGGUUGCCCCUGCAGGUGCUAUGGACCCAUGGACUGUCUACUUUGUUGGCUACAAGGGCGAGGAGAAUCCCCCUGUUCUGCAAAAAGAAUUGGGGGUCAUGAUGUUCAAGACCAACCUCUCCCUCGAUGGAGGGGGGUUCAUGGUGUCAUGAGCCAGCACCCCUCUUCAUUGUGUACGUCCUUUCUAGUAAAGAGGAGUUUUACCGACAAACUGGUUUUAAUGUCAUUGGAGGCUGGGGCCCUCCACCAUGACCAGAAGAGUCCUGUUCUGUUGACCGAUAUGGAAGCCACCUAACGUCUGGUAGAAGGGGAUCUUACAAAUCCAAGGUUCCUUCUCAUGGGCCCCAACAGUGCUUCCCUUUAACCCAAAGAUGUUGAGUUUGUCAACCCCCUUCAUUGCAGAAUUACACCUAAUUUAACAGUGUUACUCGAAAAAAGGCUUGUGGUGAUGGUAGUGUUUGGGUUGUGAAUGGGUGAAAUGACAUCAUAGGAAAGAUUUACAGCAGUCCUAUAGAUGACAGAUCUAGAUAGCAUCUCUAGGAUGGAGAGGGUAAUAAUCUGCAUAUAACGCCAUUUUGACUGUGAAAGUGAUGCUGUUUGCCAGGUGUAACAAGUAGUAGACAUUGGGACGGAUUUAUUUAAACUGAUAUUUCAUACGCCAGUCUUAACAAUAAGAUUGCUGGAGUAAAAUGCGCCAAAUUAACAGGAACAGGAUUCUUAAACAAUUUGGUGCAUCAUUUGGCAGUGUUUGUGCGGAAAAAGCAGUUUAACCCAUUUUCUGGCAUAAAUUAUAGCAAAUGUGUCAUGCCCCUCCUAUCAAAUCCCGAUUGGUGAGAGUGGCAUAAAAUUAAAAAGUAACAAACUGCAUAAAAGUAGGUCAGAAAAACUGGCAUACUGCCAGUGAUAAAUCCCCCCCUUUGUAUCUUUGCGGAGUCCUCCUGUCAGUCUUACUGACAGGACAGUGCAAGGGCCUAUUCACCCAUCCCUACCCGUUUAAAAUAAACCUUUUAUUCAUUUUCUACACAUUGGAUCAGUGAUAACGGACCACAUGUGGAUGACAUCCCUGUGAUGUCUUUGGUUUUCACUGACUCGUUGAAUAGAAUGAGCGCAGCGCACAAACAAGAGACCCGAAUAGUGCGUGCUCCCAAGAUUUUGAGAAAAAU